AUGGAACGUAUAUUACAUCCCCAGGCUGAGCCUCUCCCUAAAAAUGACGGCCUCGACCGCACGCACACGACCGCGAGCUCGUACACGGCAUCCUCACUGCCGCUCGGGCGCGAGAUCGUCUUCGUCGCCGUCGUGUGCUGUGCGCAGCUGACCACGCAGGCCGGCCUCGGCCAGUCGCUGUCCAUCGCGCACGUUAUUGGGCGGAGCUACGGCGUGGCGCGCCCCGAGGACCUCGCGUGGUUUUUGGCCGCCUACAGCCUGACCGUCGGCACCUUCAUCCUCGUCUCGGGCCGCCUGGGGGAUCUGUACGGCCACAAGCGCAUGCUCGUUGUGGGGUAUGUGUGGUUCGGCGUGUGGUCUAUUGUUACGGGGCUGGCGGUGUAUUCGGAUGUUGUCAUGUUUGAUAUUUGCCGAGCGCUGCAGGGCAUCGGCCCCUCGAUCCUGCUGCCCAACGGCCUCGCCAUCCUUGGGUCGACCCGCAUUGAUAUUGUUGGUGCUUUGAUUGGUAUCAUUUCGUUGCUCCUCAUCAAUGUGGCUUGGAACCAAGCGCCAGUAGCCGGCUGGCAGGAGCCGUACGUGUACAUCUUACUCAUCAUCGGCGUGCUCCUCAUCUCGGCAUUCUUGUACGUGGAGCUGCGAGUGGCCAAGUUUCCCCUGCUCCCGCUGGAUGCGCUCGAGUCCUCCGACAUCGGCUUCGUGCUGGGCUGCCUAGCCUGCGGUUGGGGCAGCUUUGGCGUCUGGUUCUACUACCUGUGGCAGUUCUACCUCGAGCUGCGCGGCGCCUCGCCCCUGCUGGCCACGGCGUGGAUCUGUCCCGUCGCCGUGUCGGGCGCCAUGGCCGCCGUCGCCACGGGGUUCCUGCUCAGCCGCAUGGGACCGGCGUGGACAAUGGUGGCGGCCAUGAGCGCCUUCUUCACCGGCAUCACGCUGAUCGCCACCAUGCCCAUCGACCAAACGUACUGGGCGCAGGCGUUUGUGUGCGUCUUGGUGAUUACCUGGGGAAUGGAUAUGAGCUUUCCUGCGGCGACGGUCAUUUUGAGCAACGCUGUUAGGAAAAGGCACCAGGGCGUUGCUAUGAGCCUAGUCAACACCGUCGUCAACUACAGUAUCUCGCUAGCCCUCGGCUUUGCCAGCACGGCCGAGGUGCAGGUGAACCCCGGGGGCACGUCAAAGGAGAGCAUGUUGGCCGGCUACCGGGCUGCAUUGUAUGUGGGCAUGGGGCUGGCAGGCACGGGUUGGCUGUUGAGUCUAGUUUACUUGCUCCCCUUUCCUUCACUGCGUUCUCGACGUAAAUCUCGCUCUCCGAGGGGAGAUGACCAAGCUGCUUAA